GGCUGAGGCGCUUAGCACUUCAGCUGCGCCUGCGAGUCGUGACUCACAGCCUCCACCGUCGUCUCACUCAGCCCCAGCCGCCGUCGGACUACCCCACCCACUCUACAGCUCGACGCUCAAGCCCGACACUGCAAGUAGGACCUGUGCGAAACACGACGGGGAUGCGAGGGUGGUAGAGACAGAGGAUUUGGGGCGCGGCAGGGACAAUACAGGUAAGUGCAAACACUCAAUAUUUGCUGAGUUACCCUGUCUUUGCAGGCAACGAGUGAACGUCAUGCAUGUUCGUUCACUCCUGUUGCUGACUCGCGCAGCCAAUCGCUCAUGUAUACCACGCUCCUGCACAAUCGCCCACUCGCGCACCCAUUCGUCGUCUGGCCGCCGCCCACCUACCCGCCCCUCAGACCUACCCGCCCCUCAGAUCUACCUCAGACCUCUGACCUAUCCUGCAGCGCCUCCGCCUCCGCCGGCCGACAGCAAGAGCAUGCGCGAGCGCGGUUUCGCCGCUGCUGCACUUCAUGCAGACUUGGACGUCUCGCUGUGCGGCCACGCGGACUUGGAGCACGACACUCUCGCCGCCCUGCUGUUGAGCAGGCUCUCCGCGAUUGCCUACGCCUGCGCACUAAGGCUGGACUCGCUCAACAUGUGCAUGACGCCCGCAGGGCAGCUCCGCUUCGACAAGAUGAGCACCCUCGUUCGUAUCCCAUGGCCCGAUCCGUUCCCGUUUGCAAUCGGCGCGAUGGGUGUCUUCAAAUCGCCCAUCCCCUUCGAGUCGCACAAUCCCUCCCUCUAGUGCGUCGUCUCCGCGCGUUGUGCGCAUUCCGCCCCACGCGCGGAACAUCAUCCUCAACCGCUUCCUCUGCGGCACGCCCCAUAACUCCGACAGGGCCAAGGCGGCGCCGCGCUGGACAAGUGACACGCGUAGUUUUGGACGUACGAGCGCGGGUCGAGAGCAAGCGCGGGGAGUAGGGAUAGGAUAGUAGGAUGUGCAAGACUACCAGGUUCUC